AUGGAUAGAUAUAAAUUUACUCCCGAUCGGUUGUACAAUUGUGAUGAAACCGGUAUUUCUUUAGUCCCUAAAAGCAAAGCUAAAAUAAUUGCCACCAAAGGCCGGAAACAAGUUGGUUCGAUCGCAUCCGCAGAACGUGAUGAAACUGUCACAGUCGAGCUGUGCAUGAAUUCUGUUGGAAGAUAUAUGCAACCAUUAUUUAUUUUUCCCAGAAAACGACACAACAUGGAAUUCAUGAGAAAUGCUCAACCUGGUUCUACUGUACAAUUUCAUCCUAGUGGAUGGAUGCAGAAAACAAUUUUCGAACAUGGACACUCCAUUCAUACUAAAAGCAUUGAACUUAACAAUUUGGCACAUGAUAAUGGAAUCAUCCUUUUAUGCUUUCCUCCACACUGCACACACAGAAUGCAACCAUUAGACAUGGGCUUAAUAAAACCUCUUAGUGUUUAUUAUGACACAGAAAUUACUCACUGGCUUCCCAGUUAUCCUGGUGAAGUAGUUAAUCUCAAGCAUAUAGCGGAGAUUUUUGGAUCGGCUUUUGCAAAAGCAGCUGCUAUGACAACUGCUAUGAAUUCAUUCAAGUCGACAGACAUUAUUACUUUCAAUCCAGAUGUAUUCAUAGAUUCAGAUUACAUUGCUGCUGAAACUACAAAUCAACCAUUGGAAACUAUAGAAGUGUUACAAGAGUGUGGCCAAGAAAUACAUGAGACAGUAAGUACUGUAUAUCCAAUUCAAAUCGCUACAACCAGUAAAAAUACAAUGUGCACUGGACAAAUUGAAAGUGGUCAAUCAAACUUAAUAUCUCCAAUUACUCCAGUCUUAAAAAAAAACCACUUCAUUUCCACAAGUAUCACCGAUUGA